AUGGAAUCAUCAUCUGAGGUCAAAAGAUCAACCCACGUCAUCAAUGUACAAGCAAAUGAAACUGUAUUGACUGCACUUCCCUAUGGACCUCACAGUUCUCUGCUGGAAUUGCUGAAGGGAGAGCCAAAAGUCUUGGGGGCUGCCCAGGCCCUGCUUGCCCUGACCACUGCCGGCAUCGGAGCUAUAUUUGCGUUCAAUUACUUCAACUUCGCCCAAAGAUUCCCCCUGGUUUUCUUGACAGGAUAUCCAUUUUGGGGAGCGUUCAUUUUUACUAUUACAGGGUACCUCACAGGAGCCAACAGUAAUGACAAGUGUAUGGGACGAGGUAUCACGAGCCUGAAUCUCAUCAGUUGUGUGGUCGCAGUGGCUGGAAUCUUUCUCACCAUCAUCAGCUACAGAUACCAACACAGAUACUGCCAGGGGCCUUCCCUUGAAGGAAUAUGUGUGAUAAGUAGAGUCCUUUACAAUGGAAUUUUGUCGGUCUUACUGAUCAUCAGCAUAGCAGAGCUCAGCAUCGCUGUGACGAUCGCCUCCUUUAGAAGCAAGUGCUGGGCAAAUUCAAACAAGAUUGUGUUUUUCUUGCCUUCGGAUGUUACUCAAGAGAGUGAACUAUCUGUUCCUGAUGAAAAUGCUGUCAUACAAUUUGAGCUACAAGAAGAGUCUACAAGUGAUGACUCAAGGACAAACAUAAAACCUGCUUUCUUUGGAGGCUAUUCAUUCUUCAAGUUAAGAGUCACGAAAAAUCAGUUUACCUUCCAACAUGCAGGCAGGAGAGGCAGCAAUAGUUUCAACACAUCUUCUCUGUUUAUGGCAGAUGAACAACAGAAAUACAUCCCCCAAACUUUAAGCCUUUAUGGGGAAGAAGUGGAAGUGAAACAUUUGCCUCCCAUCCUAGAGAAAAAGCCCUCAGAAACCAUGGUGAAUUCUGAACCACUGAAUGAUGAAGACCUACGAGCUGUUAUCACACAAUCCCCAGAAGAGAAAACUCCAUUGUUGCAGGACCAAGCCUCCAAACCCCAACUUUCUCCAUCUUAUUCUGUAAAAAGUGUCCAUGAUUUACCACCCCAAGACUUGCCAUCCCAAGCUUCGAGAGCUGAAACUUCGCCAGAACAAGACUUGCUAUCUGAAGCGUCAACAUCUCAUGUCACAGAGUCCCAUGGAACUACAUCCCAAGACAAGCAAUCCCAGGGCAUACCACCACAACAUACACAAUCCCAUGACAUGCUAUCUGACUACCUACCGUCCCCAGACAUGCCUGCCCAAGACCUCCCUUUCCAAAGACAAGCCCUGACAUUACAAGCCAUACCAUUUGGAGCCACCUCGUUCCUGUCUGUGCGGUCCUCUGAUAUGCAACACCUAGAUCAACGGUCUCUGGAUUUUCAACUACAGAAUGUCCAAUCUCAAGAACAGAGAGCUGUGCAUUUAUUAUAUCAAGACAUUAAGUCGGAAGUCAUGUUAAUGACCGAAGGAUGGAAACCUGAGGAGGGACUUCAGAGCAGGAGACCAUCAAAGCAGCUUUCCCAACUACAGCAAAGCAAAGGCUGUCCGUGUGCAAAACAGAAGCCCCUUGCCAUGGACACUCAAGACCAACCGUCUGCAAGGAGGAGCUCCCUAGACAAGCACAUCAAAAGCUGGCUGUCUCCAAAAAAGCAAUAUCUAGAUAAGGAAAUUCAAGUUAGUCAAACCAUGCUGCAACUCCCAGAUCAGCAAGCUGAGAACCUGCGAAUCCAAGAGGAGAAACCCCCAAGGCAGCUAUACCAAGAUAUGCAAAUCCAGGAGUACCAUGACUGGCAGUCUCCAGACAGGAAAGUCCAAACCUGGCAAUCUUUAGGCCAACAAUCCCAAGAAUGGAGAACUCAAGACUGGAAAAGUAGAGAAUGGGAAAAACGAGAACGGCAACUUGAAAUGCAGCAUUCCCAAAACUGGGACUUCCAGACCUGGCAAACCCAAGAGCUACAAGUGAAAGAAUCCCGAAAGCAGAGAUCUCUAUUCCAAGAAACCCAGCCUCUGUAUGCCACUAUUCCAUCUGACCCAGAUGAACAAUCCCAAGAUGUUCUACAAGACAGUCAGCACCAAGAUAAAGACCAACAAGACCUUCAAUUCGCAGGAAUCCAAAAAGAAGUUAUGGAAACAGAUGCUGUGCAAACAAGGGACAUCAAAUCAGAGGAUCUGAGUUGUGGAAAAAGCCAGACUCCAAGUGACGUGCAAUCAGAAGAUGCGAAGUCAUAUUUUAACUGUUUCUCCUACCAAAGCUCAGUACAGGAACUUCAAUCCACAGGAAGUCAAAAACAAGAUAUGGAAACAGAUGCUGUGCAAACAAGGGACAUAAAAUCAGAGGAUAUGAGUUGCAGAAUAAGUCAAAGCCCAACUGACUUGCAAUCAGAAGACGUAAAACCAGAUUCUAACUGUUCUUCCUACCAAAGCUCAGUACAAGACACGUAUCAUGCCUAUAUGUCUGAUAAAAAUUCAGGACAAGAUGUGAAACAAGACACAUCAAGUUGCUCAGCUGUAUGCAAAGGAGACCCGCCUUUAGCUUCUGCCUCCUGUGACUCAAAAGAAAGACAGCAAUCUGAAGACUCGGGCUAA